UGACAUCUUCUUCUGCUUUUGGAUCAUCACUGGAACCAUAUUUUGAGGUAUAAAAAUAUGGCAUAUCUGAGGUGUUUGUGGUCAUUCUGUUGUGUUUUUAUUCCAUUCUUGUUUUAAUUUUUCAACAUAAGUAAAGUGUUCUGGGCUUGUUAAAAUGUAUGAUGGUGGUUGGCUCUGGGCUUCAUGUCUCUUCCAUUUUUUUUCCCUGACAACAAGGUCUUUGAAUGAUGCUGGUCAGAGGUAGUUGGCAAAGUGGAAAAGUGAUGAAAAAAAAGUCAAAUUAGGCUACUCUAUCUGCCACAAGAUUCCACACAAUACCUUAAUAAUGUAAAAUCAGAAUACAUAAAACAUAAUAUGAAUGUAUAACUGUUUUAUGACAUGAUUCAUGACAUGCUAGCUCAGAAUAGUAUGAUAAUGAAUAAUCAUAAUCCCUAAUAUUUGCUUUAAAAAGUGUCCCACAUUACCUGAAAACUACCGUCCCACUUUAUCUGAGACAUUAGAUAAAGUGGGACGGUCCUUAAAACACACAUUCACAAAGAAUUAAAUGUGAAUUUUGCAACAAUACAUAAUUUUUGUAAUUGAUCAUCCAAGAAUCAUUUAAUAAUACCUUUUUUUUUUUUUUUUUUUUUUUGAUGAUUUCUAUUCUUUAUAGAGGCUUAUGUUUAAGAAGACCAUUCUCAUUUGUCAGUGGACUUACCAAGCUCUUUCUGAUACCAGGUAGAUUUUGAAACUGGACCAUGCCCACUACAAUGUUGUUGUUGUUGUUUUUUUUUUAUGAAUCUUUAUUGAUCACAUAUACACAUAUACACACAUAUGCACAGUGAAAUUCUUUUCUUCGCAUACCCCAGCAUGUUAGGAAGCUGGGGUCAGAGUGCAGGGUCAGCCAAAAUUUUUUUUUUUUUAUCUCUGCUCUGUUAUUAAUAACUGUUGUUUAAUUAUUCAGUACAUGCAUGUAUAUUUGUAGUAUAUUUACAGCUAUGUGAUGGGUGACCAAUGGAUGGCAGUAGUCAGUUGGCAGAGAACCCCAGAGUAGACGGAAGAGAAGAGAAAAAGAAGAAUUAGCAGUCGUUCACGCGAUGUUUUACGAGACUAUCUGUAUUGUAUUGUGCUGUGUGGUACGGAACUGUAGCAAAUGGUGCUGGCUGAAUAAAAAACCCCAACAAAUUACACGCUUGUUAUCUCCUUCAAGUGUGCUACGUCACCCUACUUUGAGGUGUGUAGUAAAGGAGUAUGCAAGUACUGGGACAUACUAACAUCUCAUGUAACUGAAGAGAACACUUCAUUUCAAUGUUUCUUCAUUCAUUAUUCCUUAUAUAAUUUAUACCAUAUAGUCUAAUUUAAUUUAUUUUUUCACAUUUCAUUUACACCUCUCUGAAAUGCGUCAAAAAGCAAAUUCCCUCGCGCAAGGAGUUGGAAAAAGUGUCCACGGCUCCACACUUCGAAAAUCUACGGUAGACCAUCCGGGUACCUUGGGGAUACUCAUUUCAACCUACUACAAUUUGUCACGCACUAAUUCUCAACUCGGAUACUAUUUAGUACGGAUAGGGUGCGAACUGAGACGUAGCGCUGGUGAGUCUCACGCUCGCCGCUUCGUUCUUGUGUUCCUGCGCAAAUGUGACGCAGAUAGUGUUUUCACGAGCGCGAGUUUCCCCUGAGCCUAUUUGUCAUGCGCAAAAAAGCUCGCGCUUCCACUUCCGGGCAGAAUCUCAGUCAGCCCUCUGUAAAAUGGAUCUGAUGGGCUGUUGAUUAUGUUAGCUCUCACACGUGUUAGAUUACUCGCGUAUUUUGCCAGAGACUUCAUUUGCAUCGGCGUUUGAACUGAAGCGCGGUUUGAGUUCUGCUCGGUUGUUGGAGGAUUUAUUUCUGACUCUUUACGGGUCCGGGUACGCUUGUUAAAAAAGUCCCGCAGCAUCUCUUGUGUUAACAAUCGGUCAGCUAGCCGGCUAAAAGUACCGGGUAGCCACAUAGCGCGGCUAUACAGCCAGGUUUCCUUCGCUUUCACUUAGCAAGCAGCAGAGAUCCGAGUGAAAUGUGUGAAGGAUCCAUUGUGCACGGAUACACAGCACACUUCUGAGACGUUUUAAAUACUCUCUUCACCCUGUAACGGGUUUCAUUUGUGCCGCUCGCUGUUUUUGAGCCAUUUAACCUGAUUGGUGUCUAUAGGACAGCAUGGGGGCGUACCUAUCUAAGCCCAGUACGGAGAAAAGCACAGCCGACGGGGGAAACCAGAAACUGAGCUAUGGAUUCGCGGCCAUGCAGGGAUGGCGCGUUUCCAUGGAGGACGCUCACAAUUGCAUCCCAGAGUUGGACGAAGAGACGGCGAUGUUCGCCGUGUAUGAUGGACAUGGAGGUGAAGAAGUUGCUUUGUACUGCUCCAAAUAUUUACCAGACAUCAUAAAAGAGCAGAAAGCAUAUAAGGAUGGUAAACUGCAAAAGGCACUGGAAGAUGCUUUCCUGGCUAUAGACAGCCUCAUCACCUCAGCAGAGGUUAUCAAGGAGCUUGUUCAGAUCGCUGGCCGCCCACAAGAGGAGGCAGCACCAGAAAAAGUAGCAUAUGAAGAUGAUGUGGAUAACGAGGAAACAGCUCUUCUGCAUGAAGAGGCCACGAUGACGAUCGAGGAGCUGCUUGUCCGUUACGGGCAGAACCUGAAUAAAUCUUCCAAAAAGCCUGGACAGGAUGCCCCAAAAGAGCUGGAAGACAAAGAUAACGCCCAUGCAGAUAAAGGGAUCAAUGGUGAGACGGAAUGUGGGGCGUCUGAAACAGACAGCAAUGGAAAAGCAAAGUUGGAAGAGACAGCUGGAGGCUCUAAAAUGAGGGCAUGCAGGAGAGCGGCAGCCUCCUCUGGGAGCUCUGCAGCCGGACACUCUUCUGAAGGCGAGAAAGCAGGAGCCACAGCAGACGCUGGUCCUUCCUGUUCCUCCUCUGCAGCUCCCACCCCAGGAAGUGCCAAAUCAAAAUUCUUUGAAGACAGUGACGAGUCAGACGAAGGGGAGGAUGAAGAGGAGGGCAGUGAUGAAGAGGACUGCAGUGAGCAGGAAGGAGAGGACAGCAGUGAAAAUGAAGAGGAUGACACAGAUGAGGAGGAGGAAGAGGACACAGAUGAAGAAGAAGAAGAAAUGUGUUUGCCUGGGAUGGAUGGGAAAGAAGAGCCUGGAUCAGACAGCGGGACUACAGCUGUAGUGGCUCUGAUCCGUGGUAAACAGCUGAUAGUAGCUAAUGCUGGAGACUCUCGCUGUGUCGUCUCAGAGAGGGGCAAAGCAGUGGACAUGUCCUACGAUCACAAACCAGAAGAUGAACUGGAGCUGGCCAGAAUAAAGAACGCAGGAGGCAAAGUGACCAUGGACGGCCGUGUCAACGGUGGUCUAAACCUCUCCAGGGCCAUUGGGGACCACUUUUACAAGAGGAAUAAGAACCUCCCGCCUGAGGAGCAGAUGAUUUCUGCUUUACCAGAUGUCAAAGUACUGACUCUAAAUGAAGAGCAUGAAUUCAUGGUGGUUGCUUGUGAUGGAAUCUGGAAUGUCAUGAGUAGCCAGGAGGUUGUGGAUUUUGUAAAUGAGAAAUUGAAAGCAGAAGGAAAUGAAAACAAGCCGCUGUCUGCUGUUAUUGAAGAGCUGCUUGACCACUGCUUGGCACCAGACACAUCUGGGGAUGGCACAGGGUGUGACAACAUGACUUGUAUGAUCGUCAGAUUCAGCCCCCACACCGGUACCUACAUGGACGAGAACACCAAGAAACGCAAGCCGGAGGAGCAAGUGUCUGAGGAGAACGGCAACGACAGCAAAAAAUCCAAAACAGAAUAGAGCUACCAUCAGUGGUCACUAUACACUUUUAACACUCUUCCGAUGAAGUCGAAUCAGACAUUGGUUUUCUCACAACUCUACUACACCUUUUUUAUGGAUGACUCCCCAUGAAAAUGUUUUAGUUUGAAAUAAUUUGAAGAUGCAAGAAAAUUGAACUGUACACCAACCAUUUGUCCACAUUUCUUGUAAAGAAUUGGUUUAGAGGCCCUCAUUAACAUAUCUACAUGAAUGAGUGGAGCUGUCACCCAAAGGACAGCAGUCACAUCAAUUAAAAUUUGUGAACUUUUAUGUGCUCAUACCCUUGUACAUAAUUUUCCAGGAACUUUUUUUUUUUUUCUUCCUCAUGAGUAUCUGUAACUUUCUGAACACCAAUGUAAUUGUAUUCAAAUACUUUUUUUUUUUUUUUUUUUUUGUAAAUUAUGUGAUUGUUUUAAAUCUGGAAGUAAAAACAAGCAGCUUUGCAAAAGCCAUUUAACUUUCCUGAUAAGAAGGGAUAAAAUCAAAGACAUGCAAUCUAAAUUUGAAACAUUAAUAUCAUUCCUUUGCUUUUGGUAUGUGUCAACAAAUAAUUUGUAUUUUAUCCGUCUUCUUGAGGCUCAAAGUGUAAUGAUUGGUUUUUCAGUUGUGGAUGUGCAAACUACAUGCAAUGGAUGAGGGUGACUUGAUGUCUGCAGAGGUUCAGUAGUGCAGCUGUAAGGUUGGAGCCCUCAGUGAGAGCCAGUCAUCUACAUAUGUCUUCUGUCUCCCUCAUGCAGCUCAAUAAGGUUUCUAUACAUGGAAUUUUGGAAAAUAUAUUUUGGUACUUUUUAGCAUCUUUGGGAGUUCUCUGAGACAGUGAACAUUUGCUUAGGCUGACAUUUUCCUGAAACAAUAAACAAGUGGAGACAAACUAGUCACAUGCUUUUCUUUACUCUAUCAAAAAGACUGGGCAAAUCUAUACUCAAUAGGGUGUGAGACUACUGAUUAUAGACCUAGAUAGUAUUCUGCUGAUCUGUUGCUUGUUUUAAACAUGGUCAAACCUCUUAGUGGGAAUAACAAAAUUCUUCCCUAUGAAAAAAUUUGAAAAAGGAGGACAGGGUUAAAUGUCAAUGCAUGUGUGUGUCAGCAGUUACACUUUAUAAUACAAAAUACCUACUUUAGGUUCACUAUCACAAUAUAUAAACGGGUAACAAAUUUAAAUAUUUGUGGCUGUUAAGUUGAGAAGG